AUGUCAGAGUUUACAAAUGCAUAUGAAUUGGAGGAAGGAGGAAACACAAAUACUAGAUCUAUAAGGACGGAAAUGCCAUAUGAUGCUCAAACAAGUAUAAUGGCUUCACCUAAUAAUAGUGAUGCAAAAUCAAAAAAGCAACUACCCUUAAAAACUUCUACUAUAACAACUCCAACAAGUUCUGCCACUGGAAUUCGAACAAAACUUACAACACCACAAAGAACUACCAAAACUUCUCAAAAAUUAGUAUUAUUUCCUGAAGAGUCUGAAAAUUUACCUGCCACUGCUACUAUCACCAAUGCUUUUGAAGAUAUACCUCCCGAGUAUUUCGAUACGCCAGCACCAUUACAAGAAGUAUCAUCCUCACUUAUUGAAAACCUCGAUAGUGUUGGUGCAGAAAGAUUGUCAAAGAAAACUCGUGACGACUAUAGAUAUCCAAGAGCUACGGCUUAUUGCACUGCAGAAGGUUAUUAUCUUGGAGAUGGAAGUCGUAAUGGUACAAGUAAUGAAGAUUCUUUAAGGAAAAAUUCACCACCAUUAAUAAUUUAUAGUAUUGGAGAGGUUUUUUAUUUUAAUUAUGGAGUAGUGGUGUUUUGGAAUUUUACAGAAGAACAGGAAUUAUUAAUACUUGAUGAUUUAGCAUCAUAUAAAUUUGUUGUUCGUCCAUUAAAAGAUGAUGAAGUUAAAUGUGAAACUUUUCAUUUUCAAUAUGAUGUUAACUCUUCUAGUCAACCAAGAAUUUUCAAUGAUAUGAUUACACUAAAAUCUGAAAAUCAUAUGAUUAAAUUAACAAUAAGUCAUGCCAUUAGUCAAAGUACAAAGUUAAGUUUGUAUGAAUGGCAAAUGGAUGACACAAUAAAUAGAACAAAAUCAAUACCAAAAAUGUUAGCAUUGACUGGAAGACUAAAUUUAAAUCGAACUCAAGUAACAAAAUUGAGUGGAGAAUUGUUUAAAUUACGCAUAAAUGUGAAUUUAAUAUCUAAUGUGUUAGAUACCCCGGAAAUAUUUUGGUCUGAACCACUUUUACAACCAUUAUACAAUGCUAUUAGAACUUACCUUGAAAUCUCACAACAUGUCAAAGUUCUUAAUGAUAGAUGUAAUGUCAUCAAUGAUUUGCUUGAUAUGUUGCGUGAAGAUAUUGGUAAUUCAAACAUGACACAAAUUACAUGGAUCAUCAUUUGGUUGAUUGUCAUAGCUGUGUUUGUUGCAACAGGAGAAAUUGCCGUUAAAUUUUUUCUUUGA